AAAAAAAAGAAAAAAACCAGUGGCCGCCAGCCAGCACGUUCAGUGUGCACCCGCGUCGCGAGCAGGACGCUCGUGCGUACGCAACAAUUUCCCGCCAAACACAUUUUACGAAGUGUGUAUAAAUUUUGAGUUGAAACGUAGUGAGUUAUUUCCGUCUGCAUCGUACUUGAUUGUAUCAGUAUUCGUGAGGAUACUAAGGAUAUUAACCCAGUUCGAUGUUGACAAGAAUGUGAGCAAAGGGAAAGAUUAAAAAUUAUAAAGAAAAGUAUUUUUUGAAGAUAUUAUAAUCCUAAAUUAAAUUCACGAUGUCGACAGCUGUUGUAGAAAACGGACAGAACAUAAAUGAUGAAACGCGAGGUCACACCUACUACUUCCCUCGUACUGGCUCCUCAGCCACACUAUGGCAGCGAAUAAGCUUGUUCCUCUCCAUCUACUGGAAGUCACUCAUUGUGGUCCUCACUCCGAUCAUAUUCCUGCCGAUACCAAUACUCAACAAUGGACCUGCCUACAGAUGCAUGUAUGUGGUGCUUAUAAUGGCGAUAUACUGGGUUUUGGAGCUCUUGCCUCUCCCAGUCACGUCAAUGCUGCCAAUAGUCCUGUUUCCCACUAUGGGUAUCCUGGAUUCGGAUAGAACCUGCGCCGCGUACAUGAAGGAGACCAACAUGAUGUUCAUGGGCGGUCUGAUGAUAGCAGCUGGAGUGCAGCAUUCGAAGCUGCCCAAGAGAGUGGCGUUGUGGACCGUGCAAGUGGUUGGAUGUUCCCAUAGAAGACUUAACUUCGGUCUAACGUUCGUGACGAUGUUCAUAUCGAUGUGGGUGUCGAACGCGGCGGCGACCACCAUGAUGGUGCCCAUCGUGGAGGCUAUAUUGGAGGUGUUGGAACAGCAAGGACUGGGCGACGUUUUCAUCAACAAGAAGAAGAAUGCUGUGUCAGAAAAUGGCAAGGAAGUCAAGCCGGCCAACCCGAAGAACACGGAUGAUGAGAGCCCGAUGCCGAGCGACAUCACGAUCUGCUACUACCUGAGCAUCGCGUACGCGUCCACCAUCGGCGGCUGCGGCACGCUCGUCGGAACUGCCACCAACUCCGCCUUCAAGGGGAUAUUCGACUCCGAGUUCCCAGAGUACUCCAGUUCUGUGAACUUCUUCUGGUUCAUGGCAUACAGCACGCCGCCGAUGCUGAUCAUGCAGCUGCUCAUCUGGGUCGCGCUGCAGGUCACGUUCAUGGGCAUGUUCAGACCAAACAGCGAGGCUGCUAAGAAAGUGAAUAAAGCAUCUUCAGGCUCAAACACUACGAUGAAGGUGAUCAAGGAGCGGUACAGGAACCUCGGACCUGUCACCUUCCACGAAUGGGCGUCCGGCUUGCUGUUCAUCUUGGCGGUGUUCCUGUACAUCUUCCGCAGACCUGGGUUCAUGCCCGGCUGGGCCGACGUGCUCACCACCAUGAAAGUGAAGGACGGCGUGACUUCCAUGUUCAUUGUGGUGUUGAUGUUCAUUCUGCCCAUGUCCGCUGACUUCUUCAAGUUCUUCUCGUCUGACUGCUCUUAUGAAGAGUUGGCUGCUUCGAAACCUUCGGCGAGUAUCGUCACAUGGAACAUCCUCAAGGAGAAGAUCCCCUGGGGACUGCUGUUCUUGUUGGGCGGCGGUUUCGCCCUGGCCGAGGGUAGCAAGGCGACGGGCCUGUCCGCCAUGAUCGGCUCGUCGCUCGAGGGUCUGAACGGGCUCGACCGCGCCGUGGUGCUGCUCGUGGUGGUGCUCGUCACGCAGUUCAUCACAGAGUUCACCUCCAAUGUCGCCAUUGCGAAUCUCAUCCUCCCCGUGCUGGCUAACAUGGCCCGCGUGCUGCACAUCGACCCCCGCUACCUGAUGAUCCCGGCGACGCUGGCGUGCUCCAUGGCGUUCCACAUGCCGGUGGGCACGCCACCCAACGCCAUCGUCGCGGGCGUGGCACACAUACCCACCUCCAAGAUGGCGGUCGGCGGCAUCGGGCCUAAGAUCAUCACUACACUCAUCGUAUGGGGCGCGUACCCGACCUGGGGCUCCAUCAUCUUCCCCCCAAUGACCCUGGACGUCGCGCCCAUCGCCAACGCCACCGCCGCGGUCCUCUCCAAGAACGUCACUCUCGGCUGCAACCUCCCCUUCGAAGCUCUAGCCACUGUUAGUAAAUUUAACUGCACAGUACCUGCCCACAACAGUUCCGCUUUAGCCGAGGUAGCCAAGGGCCUGUUCACGUGCUAUAAGAGUUAAAGAUGCCUUAUUACCUGUGGGUUACGGUCGGGUUUGUCUUGGCGGGUUUUUGACGAAACUUGACGUGGGUUAGGCUUGCUAAUAAUAUAUCUAGAGAACUGAUGGUAAUAAGUGUCCUGCGCCAAGACGUUAAAACCUCGACGGUAAACUUACAGAAGGUGUUAGUAUAUUUCUUAAUUUAUUUAAAGUACGUAACAUGUCGUGUUACCAAUAUAACGAAAUAUAUAAAAUGUAAUCUGCCAUAAUAUAUUAAGCAUUUUCGUGAAUUUAUAAAGCAUUUAUGCAUGUAUUGUGUGGUCGCCCCAUCGACUGAUGUCGAAGUUAUAAAUGCGCCGUUUAUGUACGCUUUCGGGGUAAAGAACGGCCAGGGGAACGAUUUGCUAUUCCAAAAAUUAUAUCGUUACGAAUCGAUUAUUAAUGUGAAUCGAUUAUUAAGGUGAAUCGAUUAUCGAUAGUUUAUUAAUGGAGAGGGGGGGGUGCGCUUUGGCAAUAUCGCGCGUUACUACACAUUUUCUAUAGCGGCUAUAUGUACCGCUUUUUCCUCCGUCUGUUAAAAUAAAUCAUGGUGCAUGUAGGUUCUAAUAUCUAUCGAAUAUUCGCCCUGAAAUGUUUCGUGGAACCUUUUUAAUGUAUUACAAUUUAUUAAAUAUAUUUCAGUAUUUUUUCUGAAUCAUACAGGGUUACGAUUUUUGACUAGCCUUUUUCCAUUUAAAUAGAUUUGUUUUUUAAACUUUUUUCUACCUCCACGAUAUACCGUUGCGAUUUGAUACUGUAAACAAUUGUGCCAAUGAAUUGUAAGCGUAUAAGUUAAUGUGGAAUUCGCAAAAUUGCAAGAUUGACAACAAACUGACAUUUCACUCGGGUACAUUGAGCGAUUGCAAAUUUCGCAUAGUUUUUACGCAUUUUCAAAACAACUACCUUAACCUAAUCAAUAAACUGGAAACAUUUUUAACAGUUAAAUAUAUAUUUUUAUAAAAUAUUUUAAUUAUAUAGCGGAUAAAGCGGGUGAGGACUUAUUUUAUAUUCAUAUUUAUAUGAUAAUGUAUUUUUUAUUAUAUAAAAUAAAUAGAAAUCCCCGACCAGUGGGAUGUUCCUAGUUUUUAAUAAUAUGAUCUGAUGUUUUGUGUGUGCGUGUGUGUUUUGUGAUUGUGUGGACAUUUUGGACUGUAUCGUCGUAUUUUUGGAGCAUUUUGUACAAAAAACGCAAGAACCAGGGUCGUCUGAGCAAUUUCUUAUUCUAAAGAAACCACUUUAAGUAUAGCAACAGGCCUUACAUUUGAAACAAUCUUGAUAUCUAUCAACAGAUCCAUCUCAAACAUUAGCCAAUCGAAAUAAAAUACGUGAAUGUUGCGAUUAUUUUCAUUGGUCCAUUGCAUAAUCGAUUCGAAGGAAUCGAUUAACAUUUAAUAUCGAUCGUCAAUCGAUUACAUUUCAGUAAGAAUGAGGAAAGUGUUAUUCUCUAUUCGACACGUUCGUUUUGUGGCUAAUUUAUAACGAACGGCAAUAAACUGACGUCCAUUGUGCGAUGCUUUGCUUUGAGUGUUCGGCCUAGUUAAUUCCAUAAUGUAAUGUUCCAAUAAAUAAGCAAGUGUUACGCUUAACAGCUGUUUUCAAUAUUCGAUCCCAAUCUCAAUCCGAUUCCGAAUGAACCAAUAAAAAUAACUCAUUUGUAAACUUGUUAAAAAAUACUUUGUUCUGAUUGGUUCAUUUUUGUUAGAUCGAAAAAAGCGAUUGGGAUCGAUUGAAAAUGGUGGUAAACGAACGUAAAAUUUAUUCAUGUCGAUGAUAGUACAAGCAUUUUAGAAUCGUAAAAACUGAUGUAGUUGUAAGGUACUACUGCAGUGCUGAGGUCUCGGUUUUGAUCAGUGAUAUUGGAUUUUCUACUCAGUAUACUUGGAGGCUGGAAUUUGCCCGAUAUGGCGAUAGGCUCGCCCCAUAUCGCAUACAUGAGGUGGAAAGUGAAUGCACCAGUUAUGCCUCUGCCUAAUCCUAUGGGGAUAAAAGGCGUAUGUGUAAAAACUAACCCAAAUCUUAUGAAUUUCUUGAAAAAGUGUGAUGUUGGUCCGAUAUUAAUUCAGUAGGAAACGUUUGAAUAAAAUGUAUAAAGUAACCACAAUAUGUGUACUAAUAUAUUUGCAAUGUGAGUUUACUGUUUUAUCGAAAUGGGCGUAUAUGUAACCUUAUUCUAUUUAUGAUAAUUUUGAUAUUUUAUUCUGUACUAUUAUCGACGUAUUUUUUGGCUAUAUUUUACAAAAUAUACUGUUUACUGAACAAAAUAAAUAAUAAAGCAUUUUAUCGUGUGCGAGCGUAAGUUCAAAGAUUAUAGUUAAUAUUGACGGAUUUACACAAAAUAAUAAUUGCAAUAUUUUUAAUUUUCAAUUUUAAAAUCUAUGACUGAUUUGUGACGAUAGAUGCCGCUUUUUAAAAUAAAUUUCUUACAAUAUCCAUCUACCCUCGUUCUAGGGAAAUGUUUUUUUUUUAAUGAUGUGUAUUACUAAUUUGUUUAUGUACUUAUUAUUUUGUGUAAGUGCGUAUAUGCAAUAAGAUGUAACGGUGGUCCAUAGUAGUUCGUGUAGUGGUAUCGUGGUGUUUGUGUAUUAUUAGUUAAGUAAUUAAUUUGGGACAACAAAUAAUGCACAGUUGAUACGCACAGUUGUAUAUCGUGCUGUGGUCUUCCUAGGCUUUCUAACCUUAUAUAUGCAUUUUUAAUACUUUGCAGAGAAAAAGACUCAGUUUUUUUAUGAUCAUGCAAUACUCAUGCUGGAGGUUACUAAAAGUUAAUAUAAUUCUUUUUUUCCUACGCAUUUUCUACUUUUAGGCUCUCUAUAAACAUGAAAUAUUUCAAAGUAUCAAUCAUUUAGAAUAAAAAAAUCACGUCGAUUUGAUAACCUCCUCCUUUUUUUUUAAGUCGGUUAAUAAAGCACAGGAAUGACCAUACUAGGUUGUGAUUGUUAUUUUUUGUCACAAAUGAAGCGCCUUGAUGGACCCUACGCGGGAACGUCGGUCGGAAGUAUGCUCAUGUACAUAGAGUGAAGGAACGAAUUGUUAGUUGUUACAUAAACACGUUGAAAAUAUAA